CAGCGCUUCCUGGUUGGCGCACAGACUGUAGAGAGAGAGAGGCUGACGGAGGCGGAAGAGACGCGACGCAGAAAGAAAAGUGACAAACGGAGGAAAAGAGGAGGAAAAGAAGAAGAAGAAGAAGAUGGAGACCAAGAUGAAGGCUCGUCCCGACCUGCUCUUCAUCUCGCUCCUCUCCCUCCUCGCCCUGUUUCCCGCGGGACUCGCUGAGAAGCAUUCCCUCACGUACAUCUACACGGCCUUCUCCAAACCGACCUCGCUUCCUGGGAUCCACGAGUUCACAGCCAUGGGUCUGGUGGACAACACGAUGAUCGACUACUUCGACUCUGACCUCAAACGGAAAGUUCCCAAGCAGCCGUGGAUGAAGGAGAAAAUGGACAAGAACUACUGGGAGAAGGGGACCCAGUCCCGCCUGAGCAAGCAGACCUGGUUCCGUGUGAACAUCGAAAUCCUGAUCGAGAGAAUGCGACAGGACAAAAAUGAGACCCACAUCCUUCAGUGGAUGCACGGCUGUGAGAGCAACACGGAGAACGGCGAGGUGAAGUUCUUGGAAGGCAAAGACACGUACAGCUACGAUGGAGCGGCCUUCCUGCAUUUCGACGAUAAGGACGGACUCUGGGUCAGCUCCAGUAACGCGGCGAAAGACACCAAGAGGAAGUGGGACGAAGUCCAGACCCUGAAAGACUACACCAAAGGCUACCUGGAGAAAGAGUGUCUGUCCUGGUUGAACCAGUUCGUGGAACAUGGACUGAAGCAAUAUAAAGCAGCUCCUCCACCUGAGAUGUUCAUGUUUGCAAAGAAGUCCCACACGGACAGCAACGUGAUCCUGACGUGCCUGGCCAGCGGGUUCGUCCAGAAAGACGCCAAGCUGCAGAUGAAAAGGAACGGCUGUGUUCUGAAUGAAGUGGACGGAGUGGAGAGCUCCAAAGUUCGACCCAACAACGACGACACCUACCAGGCGAGACAGAGUGUGGAGAUCUUCAAGACGGACGAGUCUGAAUACAUCUGUGAGAUCAUUCAUGAGGGAUCUGGUUUGAGAGUCCAGAACACCUGGGAUCACAAACUUCCUGCCGAGGAUUCUAGACUCAUCAUCAUUGCUGUGGGUGUUGUUUCACUGGUCCUCGUCAUUGGGAUCACUCUGGGUGGAAUCAUAUGGUGCUUACGUAAAAAAGGCAAAUUUGGUUCUCUCAGCUCGGGAUCAACCUCGAGUGGCUCUUCUGUCCAAGUCGCAGCUCCAUCAAAGCCAUCAGCACCAGAGAUGAAGCUACUCAAUGCAAAGGAGGACGGUUCUCUCAGCUCGGGAUCAACCUCUGGUGGCUCUUCUGACGGAGGCGGAACCGGAGAAUCCAAGAACCCCUCCGAAACCAAUGUGCUCCUGGAUCCGUGAGAUGGUCAAUAAACCUAGACUUAAUGAUAAUAAUAAUAAUCAUAAUCAUAAUCAUAACUUUUAUUCAUAUAUAACUAUAUGUGUUUUGACCAUGUGAAGAAAAGACAGAAAAAUCUGAAUAACCUGCUUGUAGAUCACAUUGUGGAACAUAACAGAAAAUAUAUCAAACAGCUCUGACCUCAUCCAUUCAUAAACGCUGUCCUGGGCUGACCUGGUGUCCCCCCCCCCCCUAACCACCCCACAUCAGAAAGGCCCCUAGACUGCCCCCCUACUGCUGUCACUCAAAAAGCCCCCCCCCCCCCCCCCCCCAGUAUACCUGAUUUCUGUCUUUUUCAUGGUUUUAACUAGAUAUUGAUUGUUUCAUUCAGAUCAGAUGAAUUAAAUUGAAAAACAAAGUGUGGCUAACAGGAUACAAAUCUGUAAAAUUAGAAUAAAUAUGAAUUCAUUAAUUUUAAAAACUAUAAAAAAGUAAACAUAAUAAUAGUAUUAUCUAAUACUAGAGAGGAGACUUUGUUGUCGGCCAUGUUUGAAGGUGAGUCUUCAGUUGAGAUGAAGUAAUAAUAAUAAAUAAAUGGUCAGUCGAAGCAUCGAUGCUAAAACUGCGAUGAUUUGACGAGACCUGUACGUAGUUCAUCGUCUGUCGCUGAACUCGGAGGAGUUGCAGUUGAGCGACUGAGUGGAAGUUGAAGCAGGUGAAAAGAGAAACGUGAUGAGUUAAAAGUAUGUAUAUGUAAAAUCAAUAACUUGUUCUGUGAGGUAGAAAUUAAGUUUGUGUCUGAUGUUGGAAGUUAAUUCUUAAAUCAACACUAUGUAACUUACUGAGCAGCAGCGCCCCCUGCAGCCACGCCAGCUGAUUCAUUCUGUCUGGCUCCGGGUGGUUCUUUGGUUCAGUGGUGUUGGUUUGAUGUCAGCAGUGAAGAGAAGAGGACCGAGGAUCGAACCUUGUGGAACUCCUUUUCUAAUCAUCUGCAUCUUUGAAUCACUAGAAGCUACUGUCGGUUCUAUCAGGUCUGUGGGUUAGAGACCGUUCUCUCUAUUCACAGUGAGUGACGAAGUCUCUACCUUGAAACUGAUGCAUAGUGUUGAUUUAAUUUAAUUAAACUUAAUAGUGUGCGAGCUUGUCUGGUAAAAGACGUCCGAGUUUUUCUUUUAAAACCUAAAUUUUUACUGGAAUUAUGAGAAACUAGGAAUCGAAUCGAUGUGAAAACAGAUCAUUGGAUAAAAGAAAACGUGAACAGGAGCAUUUGCACCUUAACUCUAUUUAAUCUGCUCAUUGGAUUAAAUAUUAUGUUUGAUUCCUGUUGUUAUAUAACUUGUGCGAAACCAGUUUUAAGUUGUAAUUAAAAAGAAUGAAAUGUACUUUGAUUUUGUUCAAACUGAGCGAUGAAAUCCUUCAGAACAAAUCAGGUCAUAUAUUUUUAUAACUCAUCAGGUGUAACCAGGAGUCUUUUUAGUGUAAAACACAGACUCGUCCCUGUGUAUUCUAUUGAGUCCAUUUAAAGGAUCUUUGUUUUUUAAUGCUGAGCUCACACUGGAUUUUAUGAUUUCAUUGUAGAACAUUAUUUUUCUUGCUGGUGCUUAGUUUGCCUGUUAUUGAUUUACAAUCAGUUAUUCUUUAUUAAGUACUUUGAACUCUCUAUGUUUAGGAAUUAAUUUUAGUGUUUUAAUCCGACUUAAGGAAUAUCAUUGUAAUAAACCUUGAAUUGUGUGUGAAAUGGGUUAGGGGUUAUUCUGUGUUAUCGAGGGUUAGGGGUUAUUCUGUGUUAUCGAGGGUUAGGGGUUAUUCUGUGUUAUCGAGGGUUAGGGGUUAAAUGUAUCUGCUCAGUGUUAAUGUACGAUCACGCAACAUAUUUGAUAUUUGCAUUUUCUCUUUUAAAAGUUUGCUUGACUUUAAGUCUCCAAUAUAUCACAGUUGAUCAAUGCCAAAGUUAUUGAUGUUAAUUUAAGACACAGUUUCUCAUGUUUUCUUUGUGAUUGUGUCUUUUUGUUAAAAUCAAAUAAUUAAAGCAAUUGAAUCAUU